AUGGAUGCUCAGUAUCCCUUCGCCUCCCGUGACGACAUCUGGCGUGUCUUCGACGAGCUGAAAGAGCUCCACGUUGCCCAAUUCGAGCAGAGUGAGAGAAUCGGGCGACUGGAACGCCGGCGGGACGACGAUGCGAGAUUGAGAAGUGUUUGGGGUCCUUUGUCGCCGUUCCCCAGUGUGGUGGGAGGUUCGAUCCCCGCAGACCCUGCCUAUCACUCUCCCCCCGACGCCUUCAAGGGGUUCGACCAAGGCCAGCAUCAUACAAUGGCCAACUCCACGGUGGGCCUCGACGGUGAGGAGGAGCCACGCCGUGGGGCAUCUCGGGCCAACAGUGUUCGGUUCGAUGAAAGUGCGAUUCACGGAUACUACGGUCAAGCCGGUCGGCCCAGUACUGACCUUCCACUGCGAACUGGCAGCGGGCUGGGAAGCCACCCGCUGACUGAGCGGUCUCUUUCUCAUCGAUCGGAGGGGAGACAGAGCUCGUCAGGCCAUUCGCAUCACUCGGCGCGGACGAAUAGUCUUGGGCUCGACACCAGCAGCCGGCUGAUGGGCUCUUCGCUUAGCGAAUCCCCAUUGAUUCCUCCGCCUGGUCUGUUUCUUUUGGGCCCAGUGCCUUGUAUCAUUCGGUGCUGGCUGACCACCAACUUCUCAAAUGACUCCCUUUUGUACGCAGCUGUUUGUUCGGGGUCUUUUGUAUCGUCGCUGGGCAUGUCGAUGGUUCGCAAGUUUGGGCUGGAGGAUCUCUUGACCCAGGAAGAUGAGCGGCAGUCCAUCAAGCUGCCUCUUUACCUCCCCGAAGCCAGCAUUCACCAAAGCUCCCCGCGUUCGGGCAGUCCAGUCCCUCAACUUCCCGCGGUAACGAUUCGGUUUUUGGUUCGCGAGGCUGACCCCAUCGAUGAAUCUAUCCAAAUCAUCUUUGGAAGUGACGUCUUGCGUGCCCAUAACGCAGACAUCUUGUUCUCCCAGGAUAAAAUGAUCAUGGUUGAUGAUGAACGAAACCGCAUCUCGGUUCCACUCGUGCGUCCCGAGAAGGACUCUGCCUUCAGGACUUUGAGCACUUUCCCGGAUAGCUCUUAUUCUGGGCCGCAUGGGAACGGUAAUUCUGUCGGAGUGAUCGGACAGACCGCCAAUCUCCCCGAGCAGUCGAGCUCAGCACCUGCCUCGGCCCGGGUCUCCAUCGGCGAGGCCGACGAUGCACGCAAGCAUCGAUUGACAGACUCCCAUGACGCACUUGAAGACUCCGAGCCUCACCCAAUCUCUGCGACCGCAGACGCGCAACCUACUGCCCCAGCCAAGCCGGAAGGUGCUGGUGUCUGGAGUUCAUGGCGGCGCGAUCCCAAACCCGACCCGAAUACCGCAGCCGGCAAAUCGAACCGUGGCCGCACGAUGAAAGUGCUUCGGUCCACCAAGCUCUCGUCUCGCGUCGGCUCGACUACCUCUUCUCCUACCGUGGCUACCACCGAGCCUACCGAAUCGUCGACUGGCGCACAGUCCGAGUCUGCCCGCUCCCCUGCCCAGCCCACUCCUGGCACGUCCCCUGACGACAGUCGCCCGAAUAAGCCAUGGGCCCCUAACCCCGUCGGAGGUGCAUCGGCGUUUGGCUGGCUCAAUCCGGCCUCAUCUGCCAACCGCACCACGGCCAAUCCUAGAUGA